AUGAUCCUCAUCCUCAUCCUCCUGAUCCCCCUAACCUGGGGCCAGGAUCUCUGCGAUUUCGACCGCCACCCCUGCCCUUUUGUCGUCGAUGACCCCUGGUUCGUCACGGACCGUAUUUACAUCCCAAACGUCUUCAACGGCCCGCCCGCGCAGCUCUUUCGAAAUUCCCGCUUCGUGGCAGCACAAGGGCGCUUCGGUGGUGUCAGUCAAGGAAAUGUGACGGGGAGUGGUUGGUCAUCUACUGACGGCCGGCCGAGGAGGAUUCGUUUCCUGUUCGCGAAGAGUACGCAUUCGACGAAGAUCAAUAUUAUCCUCGAUUCGGAAGAUGGGACGUCCCGGUGUAUCGAUUCAGUAAUCGGUGUUGGACUUCUCCAAUGGAACCCGCGGACGGUCGUGGUACCUCCAGGAGAAGGCGCAGGGAGGAUCGUCUUCCAAGUUUCCGGCAUCCAGAAUUCGUUCGACGUUGUGGCCCUCGACGAUAUACGCUUCGAUCGGGUGGUCAGAGACGCGUUACAUCCAAAGCUGGCCUUCAGCCUUGAUAGGAGUUCUUCCGGCUAUUGGACAGCCGGCCGGGGUCGAGCCGUAAUCGGGGGCAAGCGUGUGGCUACCCUUUCCUCCCCCUCCAUCCUCAUUCCUCAGAAUGGUCAUCUCCAGAUCGACAUUUUGUCGAGCGAAUCCUCGCAAAUCUCGAUCCUGACGACGACGGGGCUCGACGAGGAGCUAAUCUGGGUGCAGGACGGGAAGUUCGCGGGUCCUGGAUGGAAUUCGGUGCGGAUUCCGUUACGCGUGACCCCGCUUCCGGUCCGCGUCCUCAUCCGCGUCAAAACUUCGCCAAGCGGUCGACUCGCAGUCACGAAUACGCGACUUGUCGAUGCCGGCGGAAAAGAGCUGGGUUGCGAAGAAAGCGCCCCCGCUAUUCGUCCGAUGCGUUCCGAGACGAUACAACGGUUGACGGCCCUGCAGCAGCUGGACGAGCUGCCCCCGCUGCCACUGUUCGCCUCCCUCCCCAUCUCGCCCAGCAUCGUCAACAUGAACAGCCCGGCCUUCGCGCUGCCAACCCCUGCCAUGCCCAUCUUCAUGACACCAUCACCCCAGCCGUUGCGGGACCCAAGACAGUCAGAUUACCUCCGCCAAAUCGGCGCCACACCAGCCAUGCGGGACCAGUUGAAGCAGUUGGCCAAGCGCUUCGGUAUCGACGACUUAUCUGGGGUGGAGGCCGAGAGGGCGCUGGCGACGGCGAGGCGACUUUUUGGAGACCGACUGGGUGGUCUGGGUCUCGCGACGAAUGCCCUCGGGGCACAGACGCGGGUCGGGAUGAGUCCGAUCACGCCGCUAGUCUCUCGACAGGAGUCCCCUUUCAAACCGCUCCCCUCCACCGCCAGCCUAAACUCCGAGCUCGUCCGCAAUCUGGCCAGCGUCAUCACACUGCCAGCCGUCGAGCGCGACCCCGAGCAGCGGCCGAUGGCCCGCAAAAACGUCGACUUCAUCGUCCAAAAUGCCUUCCAGCGACUCGUUGACGACCAGCGCCAGAUGCCCGAAUUC